UCGCAGCACACUUCUGUGCACCAGUGUACCCGCUGUACGGGUUCGGGUUGCGUUGUUUUCGGCGGUGUUCUGUACCGAUGCGAGGUGGUUUCGACCCAAUUCCGAGAGCCUGCUGCGAGUUCCCCUGCGCGAGUGAAAAGUGGAAAAUAAUCUGACCGGGUAGCCGUCGGCUGGCGGAACGAACAGGACUAGCGGAUCGACUCGACUGGCAGACACGAGGCGUGUUGGUGCGCGUUCCUCGCGGUGAAACAUGGUCUCUUCGUGUCCGAUCGUCUUCCAUAGCUGCGAGCCUCUGUUCCACGGAUAUAUUUCUUGCCCCGACGAAUCCUGAGGAUCUACCCGGUGUCUCGAAGUAUUCACUCGUGUACGUUCGUACAAGUUUACCCGUGGCUACUCGCCGUGAAAGUGUGCGGUCCGAACGUAACGCUGCUCGAGCGUGCAUAUGUGUGUGCGCCGUUCGGCCGCGAGACCGUGCCCGACAGAAGCUCGAACGCCCACGAAGACAUCAAAGCGCCGCCGGCCGAUCCCCUUCGUCGAACCGCGAGCGAGAGAGGCAUGGCGAAAAAGUGAGUCGCCGCGCGCGCGAGAGGGGCGGCAGAGCGGCGAGAGCGCGGAAAAUUCGUCACUCGAAACACGAGGGUAGGCAGCAGCCUUUGCUGCCGGCAAGGGGUAAAUGAGAGAUUAAAGCGGAACGGAUCGGGAAAGGCACAAAGGCGGUCGGUCUGCUUUGCCGGACAAAGGUGGCCGCGGAUUCACAGCGGCGCAUGGAUAACGGAAGACACAGGGAAACUGUUUCGAACGGGGGGAUGGCGGCGAUCGCUCUGAAGCUCGAGUGAAGACAAAGGGGUAGUACGCGCGGGCGCGCGCGCGCGCGCCUAGAGUACGGCGAACGGAGGAGAAAGAAAAGAGACAGACAUGGAAAUGAAAGAGACAAUGGGGACGUAGGAGGAUGAUAAGCGGAAGAGGAAGACGCGCGACCGAGAAACAGGAAAAGAACGCUGUCCGAUCGGACCAGGAUGGACAGCCAAUAAGCGGAUAGUGGGACCGGUGUUCACAGCAGCUAAAGGGAAGGCGGAUCGUCUGGGGGUCCGAUGUUCAGAGCCGUACGAUGGCUGGGGCCCUGUCCGAGAAUGCCCCGAGACCCGUCAGUGUCGUCACGGUAGGCGGCGCGAUAGCCGACAGCGCCAGGAACAAUCAUCUCGCCGGACCGCAGGAACCACGGGAGAAUGGCCGAUCCUACACGUCGACGGAGGCGCAGACGGAGCUGGCGCUGCCGAGUGGUCCAGAGGCGUUGGAGGAUUUGGACGGUGUCCUAGGCGCGCGUAGGAGGGAGAGGCGGUUGCGCAGGCAGCACCGGCGCGCUUUGAGGUCUUGCUCCAUGCCGCCGUCUUAUCCAGGGACCUCGCCAGGAUGCCAGGCCUCCACCGCGCCGGGUGUGCCUCUGGUGACGCCGCCGAGAGGAUUCCUGCACCCGCCGCCGCCGCACUUGGGCCCCAGAGGCCUCAGUCCAGGCCUCCUUUUCCCGGUCUCCACCAGCGUCUCCGCUUUCGGCUGGGACGCAGUGCCGAAGCAAUGUUGCUGCCUCGGUUCGCCACCGGUUCGCUGGUCCAUACUGGGCGUCGGCGUGGUGGGCCUCGUUUGCGCGGGCGCUGGCGCUCUGCUGGGGGCCCUGAGGGCCUCAGGCCGAGACCACAUUGCAGUCGCACUCCUCAUGAUCGGUAUAGGAGUGGUCCUGGUAACCGUGAGCGCUGUAGCGUGGCGAGUAAAUUGCGGCAGUUUCUUUGGUUUCACGGGGAUCUCGGGGAUCUCGGGGAUCCCGCCGGCGAGGCCGAUCCAUCCGUACGCCCCGGAGUUUCAGUUCAGAACGCCACCUCCGAGUUAUCAGGCGAGUAUGCAAGACUACAGGCUGCGACUGCUGCUGCUGGACCGUUUGCAGCCGACGUCCUCGCCCCCGCCGACCUACAGGUCGAACGCGGGCAGCAUCGUGGCGCCCGGCACCGCCAGAGAGAGCAGGCCGCCCAGCUACUGCUCCAGAUCGAACGUCCCGUCUGCGACGAGUAUCGCGCCCUCGAAGAAAGACGCGAACCUGGUCAGGAUCGUUCAGACCGAGUCCGAGCCGGUGAUCCUCAGCGGCGAUCAGACUCCCCCCGUCGCCGCUGUCGAGGUGCUCGCGCACCUCUGAUCAUUCUUCCGUUCUUCUGAUCACUGUAUCUUCCCUCGCUGCUAGAGGAACGGCUGACCCAUGGGUAAAGCUCGUUGGCUUGCGUCUCGAGUCCCUGGCGUCUUCUCGAGGCGAUCUGUUCACGGUGCCAUUUUGUCCAUUGCGCAAACUAUGUAAGAAGCUACACUGGAAAGUGUCUCUUUCAGAGUUGAAGCCUCAGUUUCCUUUGGAAGAUACUCGGUGUUGUAGAAGUGAGCCCUAAGCUUAAGGGACUUGUACAGUAGUAAAGUGUUUUCGAUUGAUUGGCUUUUGCAAAUGGAAUCGCUUGUGUUGUGAACACGAGUCCUUGGCCUAAGCUUAGGACUGUAGCUGUUAACAGUAUCGUAGUAAAGUGUUUUCGAUUGAUUGGCUUUUGGAAAUGGAGUCGCUAGUGUUGUGAACGUGAGCCUCAGCCUAUAAGCUUAGGGGACUCUUUAUAGUGCUGAAAAAAGACUGUGUUUCCUAGUUGUCUUCUGAAAAUCGGACAACUGGUGUUGUUAAUGGGAGUCCUUAGUGUACAGGCUUAGGGGACUCGAGCUUUUUAUAGCGCUGUAGACGUUGAACUUUGUGUUCCGAUGAACAGAAUCGCAUCGCGAAGGGGUUCCACGAUGAGAGAAAGGACGCCACGGACUUCGCGAUAGAAACCAAUUGCUGUAAAGGAAUUACCCGCAGUGCAAUACAGCCCUUAGGGUUCCUCUGUCUCCGUUCCGGCACGCCGUUACUGAAAUCGUAGCUUCCACUGGCCCCGACUCGACAGUCGGGCUGCGUCCAGACUGGAUCGCCGAUGUUGCGGCCAACUUCUCAACGAGCGAGCUUUCUCGUGGAACGGAUUUACCAGCGCUUUGACGGCCGCGCUCGCUUAUACGUUCGCGUGAUUGGACCAAAUGUCUUCCUUCUCUAUCACUGAAUUGUCUAGCUUCUAAUUAACGAGAAAUACACUGUGAUUUGAAAAGUGACAAUAAGUCUCAUGGGUUUAAGUGUACCUUAAUUUCGUAGCUUAUCGGACUGCCAUUGCUAUACUUCAAGGCCUAACGUUGCCGCGUCGUUAACGCACACCUGUUAACCGCGUACAUUGCUUUUGUAAUAAUUCCUGUAACGAACGUUGCAGCUUCGAACGAUUCUCUCGAAGGACAUAUCUCGAUUCUCAAGGAAAUCAUUUAUUUAACUAACGAUCUUGAAUCGGCAUUCUGUACUCGAAGUAACGGUCCGAUCAACUUCCGGAAAGAGCCAGUAUAAACACUCCACACGGCCGUCAAAGCGGCGACCAUUUCAGCGCGACGACCGCUCUCGAGCAAAAUGGCGCCGGCGAGAAUCUCCAACGAGCACGCGCCAUUCGCGGCCGAGUCGGCGCCAUUUCGACGAGUAGAACCGACAGAGCACGCGUUUUAACGCUAGAACUGUCGGUUGCACUAAUUUAUUCCCGAUUUCUCGGAGGCGGAUGCAUUCCUCGAGACUCGAGGCGACCGUUCGCCGAAUUUGCCAAGCAAUUUCUCGCGAAACCGUCCCCGCGGUCUCGACAACUGUAAGAUAAAGAUUCCGACGCGGAUUCCACGGUUCUAGCGUUAAUCUUCCGGCGUUUCGACCAAUUUUUCCGUUGUGAUAUAGAGAAAGGGAGCAAGGAGCAGCGGCUGGCGUGCACGCGAGAACGGUUCGAGGAUAUUUUCGCGGCCGGCGACGAUGGAGACGAAUUUGACGGGGGAACGUCGGCGUGUGAGAGUAGUUUGAAAGAUGAAACUUCAGUUUUCAUUCUCUAACGAUGUAAUAUUUUGUGCGGAGAGCGGGCGAUUCACUGUUGUAUCGUUCGUGUCGUAGAACGGGGAGACCGACGCUUCGGCAGCCAUUUUCAAUGAGCGCGACGCGCUCGUACAGUAAACCGUAUCGAUACUUUGCUGUUGGAAUGUUUUGUCAGCUACCUUUCCGGCGUUUCCACUCGGAGUUCCCCUGUAUGGAUAGGAAAGUCUCGGCGAGCAAAGAGGCACUGUUAUUUUUCGAAUAUUUCGAAGACCUCUAUCUCCUCUUCGUUAAAAUGGCGGACAGCGUUGCGUGGCGUGAAGCGUGCGAUAUUUUUCAUUGACACUGGAGUGCGUUUACUACGUUCCCCCGUUGAACCGAACGAUUUUUAAGUAGUACAUUCCAUGACAUUGAUACUUUAGCAAUCGAACGGUCGUUCGGGCGUAUUCAGAUUUUAGGAACUUCGUAUCGAGUCGUGUUGGUACGAUGUAUACUCAUCGAUAGGCCGCGGGCGUCGCGCGUGUUCGAGGUCCGCGAAACUUGGGAGCAAGCUGGAUAUUCCAAUGGAAUUUUGCACGCGUUAUUUGCUAGUGGUUGUUUAAUGGUAACCUCUUCUCCUUUAAGAUCGAGUUAGAUUCAAGCUUUCAAUUGGAUUCGAUAGAUUAACUGUUUAGUUUUCAUACGAAUGGAGUAUCAGUUGUAGAUAUAGAAUGAGCAACGAGUUCUCUUCCUUUUCUACCGGAUUGUUAACGAUUAAGUAGUCCCACUGAGCACUGUUGUGGAAGGAAUCGAAUAAGCGGUUAAUGAUCAGCAUUUAACAUUUAGACAACCUGAGAGGAAGCUAUAGUCUCCUUUAUUAAUUUCCAUCGAAAUUAUCAAAGUAAGAAAAAUGCGAAUGUCUCCAGUCGAACGUCUACUAAUGACAAUAAAUAAACAGAAUGGCAAUCUAAGGCGAAAAUGGGUUGGCUAAGUGUUAACCUUUUCGAUUCGAAUUCCAAUGAAUCUUCGCGGAUAAUUAAUCAAUUUUUAACAACUACAUUCAUUCGAGAUUUCUUUUUACGAUUAUUAGAAAGGCAUGCUUUUCUAAUUGAUUUAUCGAUAUGCAAACUGAAUUGAAAAUCUCAUUAGAAUUUCAAUAGAACAUCUUUAGAGUUUCUAUACAGAAAUUUCGAGAACUCAAUUUAACUGCUCGGUAUUCUAGUGUUAAUUACCAUUUAAACCCGAUAACCAUAUAUUACUAAAUUCUUUCGAGCGAAACAUUAUUCAAUUGUUAUAAUGCAGAGCAAACAGCCACAGAGUAUACCUAGAGUUUCUCUUGUUUUAAUCAACGAUUAACAACCAAGUGCUCGAUCAUAGUUGAGAUAGAAAUCGUAGACCAAAGGGUUGAAAGAAAAUUGCAAGCUUGUUUCGAAGAUAGUAGAGACUUCUAGCAGAUAAAGCGUGAAUUAUCGAGUGAAAUUCUCUGAAAUUCGUCGAUUCUGACGCGUGAACGUCCGCGGUCCGCUCGUUGCCAGCGUUCUUCGCGUUUAUUUAUUGCGUGUAAAGAGGACACUUACUUCGAUGUGUCGGCGCGUUACCUGUAAAUACCGAUUAUAUCGAAGUUCGUCGCAGUAUUGUACUACUUCCGGUCUGUAACAUGUAAAAUACUCGCGAGACGGAAGUCGGGUGUAUGUUCGUUCGCGCGUGGAACGGUCUGUGGAAAUUUGUAAGGUCUUCCUCUAUAUGUAGCUGCGAUUCGCGAUGCGUUUGUCGCGUUAGGUUGGCCUGAAAGUAUUCUCGCUUCGUGUUUCAUUCAAUUUUCAUCAUUCUAAUGAAUCGACAUAACGAGCCUUUCAAUGUCACCGAACAAAUGCAAUGGAACUUCUCAAUUUUACCGAAUAAAUGCAAUGGAACGUUUCAAUUGUAAUGAAUGAACACAACGAAACUUUAGUAACCAUUCAACGAGAAUUUUCCGAAGCACUAUAAAACGUUUGCAUAGAACAUUCAAUUAAAUACUAAAGAAUAUGAGACAUACUUUACGAUUAAACAUUUUUAACUGCUCACUUGUCCAUUGCAACUUUCGAUUCUAGACAUUCCAGGCUUCGAAUGGUUAAUGAAUCGUAACACUACGCAGAGUAAUUAACGCUAAACCUACCAAACAGUUAGAGCGACUCAUUUCCAAUUUUGUAUCAAAAUUAAAAUACGUUUCUCGAGAUUCGAGGAGUCUCCGUCACGUAUCUCUAUAAACUCACUGUUAGUUAACAAUCUUAUAAUCACUUAACAAUCUUAUAAUCACAAUUUUUCGUAUAAUUACACUUGUCCAUUGCAACUUUCGAUUCUAGACAUUCCAGGCUUCGAAUGGUUAAUGAAUCGUAACACUACGCAGAGUAAUUAACGCUAAACCUACCAAACAGCUAGAGCGACUCAUUUCCAAUUUUGUAUCAAAAUUAGAAUACGUUUCUCGAGAUUCGAUGAGUCUGCUAGUCACGUAUCUCUAUAAACACGGUUAGUUAACAAUCCGUCGCAAAAACGCCUUCACACUUCAUAGUUCGCAAAAUAAAAAUUCUGAAAUGAGUCAAUUUAACUCGUUCAGUAGUUCUACUGUUAAUUAUGGAGAUGUCUGCAAUACUUUUAGGUCAACUGGGUAGUCGAAGGAAGACGGAAACCCGUAGUUCGAAUGAAUUGAAGGCAGUUCUCAUAGUUUUAGAGAAAUCGUGUCACUUUUUCAUGUAUAUCACAUUGAACAUUGAAAUUUUAUCGUCGCACAUUGUCGUCCGUGAAACACGGGACACGUAUGAACCAGAGGUCCAGAAAAACUGCGCGGCGAAAGACUUUUAGGCUUCUAGAUCGGUAUUCCCUUGUAACGGACGAGUUUAGCGAAUAGAUCUCGGCGGCGGUUUAUAGUUUCGGGUACGAUACGGUGUUGUGAUACGCGGAAAACAUGGAGUUUUAACUAGAGAUAUAUUAGGAGAUACUCAUCGGAGAAGUAGACGAGGGAACGGUGUCGAUUUACUCGAUAGGAAAUCAUUUAUCGCGGUAACUUGUAACUGUAGAUACUCAAUCGGAACUAUCGAACGAUCGAGUCGAACGAUGGCUUUUCGGGCGGUUAACACAUUGCGCACUGGCAACGAUAAAUCUUUUUUUUUUAUAUAAGAUAGCUUAUGCAACUUCGUUAAUUGCCACAGUAAAAAAAUAUUAAAUUUGAUUCGAACUUAUCUAUUUAAAAUAUAUUACACAAUAUAUCUGUGUUUUUAUAUAUAUAUAAUGAUUCAUUGUUUCUGGAAAUUGCUGGUACGCGAUGUGUUAACAUAAAUAUUUUAAACAAGAGCUCCCAACGAUUCUCGAAUAAAAAGCUACCACUCGAAAUCGCAAUUCGAACGAAUAUCUUCAAUGAAUCUGUAAGUAAGCGUAUAGAUUGUUCAGACACUAAGUAAACUAGAUCUAAACGAGGAACAAACGCAUAUUCUAAAUUCGUAAAGAACAACACGCCAAAAGCCAAGGAACACGUACAACUAAUAUAACUGUAGCGAUACCUGUUAUUAACCCUUUGCACUCGAGAGACGACUCUCGGUCACUUGACUCGAAUCAGUAGAAUUCCAAAGUCUUCGUUAUGAUAUCAAGCUUUAAUAUAUAUUUUGAACUCGAAUUAACUAAUAUAUAUAUAUAUAUAUAUUAGUUAAUUCGAGUUCAAAGUAAAAAUUAUUCCUCUGGAAUCAAUUAUUAUACUUGGAAAGAAAUAUAGGCGUAACGUAUGCUUAGAAUUUUUCUCUUUUUCUAAGAAAUUAUUAAUGACAAAGUAGCCGUGUCGAUCAGAGUUGAGAAAGAAAUCAUAGGUCAAGGGGUUAACACGUGAAAUAUUCGAAGUAUCUAUGUUCCUUGAUUUAUGUUUUCCCAUUAGUCUCAGAGGAUGUCUCGUGAGAUGUUGGACAUCUCUAGUAGAAAACUGUCGAGUACAGAGGGUCAAUGGUUCGCGAGUGUCGUUACUGAAUAAUUAAUUAUAAAAGGAAACGAGAGCGUGCUCGGUUUCACGGUCGACAACGUGCUCCUUCGAGUCGGAGGGAAAGCGAGGGGAGAGGGGCGAACUCGAAGCUGCACAAGCUAAUUGAAAAUUGCAUCGGACGAUGCAGCUUUAGGGUUAAGGACGCUACCGAAAGCUUUAACGCCAUACAAUAACGUUUACUACUCGCUUCGAUGUAACACGACUACGAAAAGAAAGAAAAAAGGGGACAGAGACAGACUCUCUCUGUUAGUGUCGCGCGAGGAACGAGAAUCUCGUGAGCUGCGUAUUAUACAUAUAUACAUAUUUUUGUAAUUAUUAGUGGUUAAAAGUUACGGAAUAUCGUCGUCGAACGUAGCGAAAAGAAGGGGACGUUCUGAUCCGACAGCGGCCAACAUUGGACGAUUGCAACCCUCGAGACGCGAAUGUCGAGCGAUCGGUUCGAAACGAAGCAACUUAACUCUCUGUAGGCCCAUGUGACUUUCAAGUCACAUAUCAGUAUAUUGGCGUCUUUUUGAUUUAUUUCACUUUGCACUCGAAGUGGUGAAUAAAAUUAAGUAACCAGUUAAACUUCCACUUUUAUAUGCUCAGGCGUGAAAGUUUAACGGCAUUGUAACUUGAAAGUUACAAAAUAUAUUUGUUCGAUGAAAUUUUUGAAACUAUUGAAUACAUUGUUAAUUCGUAUUCGUAUGUGGAUAUUUAUUAAUUUUGUACUGCAUAGAUUUUGUUAUAAUCAUGAACAAAAAUUCGGCCCAUAGAGGGUUAAGAAACGGAGGUUUCAGUAUGAUGAUCGUAGAAAACGCGAGUGAAGGCGAAAGACUGGCAGUCGAAGCGUCAGCAACGUUAGCACUAGAACUACCGGAUGACUCAACGCGACCUGUUCAUGAUUUCUAGUUACUAAAGCACAUACUUCUUUGAGAAACUAACCCUUUACGGACGAAUGUUGAAAUUUCAGCGACAGGAAAUUUUCAUGAUUCUAGCACUGAGUCGCAAAUGAUUGGAUUACUAAAACAGUAAGAGAUCAGCACCUAGUUUUUCCUGUUAUUUAAGCAAUUGAUGUAUCAUUUAGCUUUAUCUGCUGGUUUUAUAUGUUUCUAAGAAUCCUCGUCCGCAAAGGGUUAAAGAAGCUGAUUGAUGCCUGAACUGAAGCAUAGCUUAAUUGAAAUGUUAAUGAACGCACGCUUAUAGCUCCUACGAAGAAACUUGGGAAGCUCGGUUGAAGUGCAGUAGCUUUAGCGUUGGCUGGCGACGAGCUAGAGAUUCCGAUGGAUGAAACCUUCAUCGUGUUUGCCACGUGUCUCUGAUUAACACGUUCGCUACCAGCGUUUAUUUACGGUCUUAAUUACAUUUUUUUCGAUCCAGUCUAAACGAAAUAUUAGAAAAAUGAAACGAGUUCAGUUGCUAAAUAUAAUGCAGUUCUUUUAACGAACGCCUGAUAAUUUGUGAAUAAAUUGUGUAACACAGGAUUACGGUCGUCAAAUAGGUGAUACUGAUAGCCAACGUGUUAAAAUCACAGCAAACAUGGAAUUACGAUCGUGGUUACUCGUAUAAUGAGCGACUGAAGUGUCGGAUAUGGAAAAGAGACAGUGAAAUCAUCGAAUCGCGUUACUCUGCUCGGCCCGAGUCAAUCCAGCAAGCUAAAAGGUCACAGGGGCAAGGGGACUGUUCCACUCAGAAUGCUCGGUAGCUAUAGAACAACAGCGACGUCACCGGCCGAGCCUCGUGACGAAGGAAGCAGACGUAACGGAACGCGACGGAGUGAGACGUAACGAUCAUUGACCUCGACUAUGUUCCCCGUGUCGUCGAGGUGACUCUGGGAGGCUCCGAGCGGCUCGAAGUUCAAGUAUCGAUUUUACUUAACGUUGCUUAACAAAACUUACCUCAAAAUUCUACGGGAGUCGUGAACGCGUCGCUUGUUUCCGAAAGACUGACUGUCCUUACAGUUUCUCGAGUUUUCGAAAGCAGGAAUCAUUAUGGGAUACAUAAUUAGGUAUCGGUCAACCCAAAAGGGGAUUAGCGUAACGAUAGAGGAAGAGGGGAAGGUUUAUAUUGCGAUUUCGAAGGGAUUAACUCCGGGAUUAAGUUUCCAAGAAUUGGAAAAGGGGCGUAUACCUGCUACAAUACCCAGAAUGACCGAGGUGAAGCGUACGGCGGGUCACCCUUGCCCUUGUGUACGUUCAACUUUUAGGUUUGACUCACAACGUGAGAGAUACACAGUAAAUACUGUCCGUUGCAGCGAACUUGGCACUUGUGACGUCAGGGGCGGAGCCAGUCGCAGUAGGUCCGCCCAUCCGAGUCCGGGAAACGCUCUCCACGCCCUCUGACGCGCGACUUUAGCGAAGGGGCGUGUCCCUUGAAACUGACCACUUAGAUAAACGUGCCAAGUUAGCUGCAACGGAUGGUAGAGACGGUGUCGAGGGUAGUGUGAUUAGAAUGGGGAAAUUGUGGGACAGUUUACUCUUUCUUCGGCGUUAUCGUUGGAUUCUGCAGUGGUUGUGGAGAUUGUUGAAUGAUGACUGGAGAAAACUCAACCGUUAGGUUGCUUGCUGGUUUCACUGAUUGAGUGCUAUGGUGUGUUGAAGGGAACUUGGGGAUACAUCAGGGAUGAUGUUGCAUUUGCGAAGAGGUCUCGGGUGGCGCAAUUGUCCAAUGUUCGCUGUGUGUACCUAACGUGUCAGUAGCUUCUCAAGUGAUUUCACUCUUUUUCUUUCUCCUCGCCGCGGUUUCAUCGUUUUAGAACUUUAUCCGUAGAGAAUAAAGAGGACGCUCGACGGGGAGGAGCGUGGAAACGGGGAAGCCUGUUAUCGAUCGUUACGAAUGUAAAUGAUAACGUGGAUAUAUCUAUUUUUCUCGUGUUCGUUUGUUGGAUCGCGGACGCCGAUCGCGCGUCGAUGUUCAUAGAUUAUCCUGCAAAAUUUCUUUCACCUGUACCGGCGGUCUGUUCAUUGAACGGGGAACGAUGCGGUCGGAGGGUCGGUUAACGCUGGAUUUAUGGGACAAGUGAAUUUCACUGGUAUUAGAUUUUUAUGGACAUUCCGUAGACAGAAUUCGAUCGAGUCGCACGAAUACGUGCCCUGAUUCUACUAUUGAAACCAGAAUUUUCGAAAUCGAAAUGAACAUCGAUUUUUCUGAGAAUAGAACAAACUGUAAUUGUCUGUAAAUCUAGUGUUGACAGUUGUGUUGGCAACCGAACUGUUAGUUCACUGGAACUCUGAAUAAUAGAAGCUUUGAUUGCAAAGAUCGUUGGUUUUGUUAAAUUUUCUCGAUAUUCGCGAAUUGCGCGGAGGAAAAUGGACGAAUCGGUUGUCGACACAACGAUAUACGAAUCUUGCGAAUGAAAAUUCACGAGGGAUUUCGCGGACCUGUCGAAGAAUGGAAUGCCACCUGCGGAUCGUUUUGGUGGAAUGAUCGAAGCGCUGGGAAUAUUGUUUGCCGUUCUGCGUACGACAUUUAGGUUGUUCUUGUACGAUUCCGACAGACUUGACAGUAAGUAGGAUUGUAAGAAGUGAGAGGAUGUGGGAGCGAGAGUUUCGAAAGGCGGCCUUAACUAGUGCUGGGAUCAAGUACGCGUUUUUCAGCGAGCACCGGCGAAAGACAAGAGAACUUCGUACGGUUUGUUCGAUUCUACUCAAAUAAUCAUUCGAACAUCGAAAAUGUCUGAUUUUGGAAGUUGGAUGCAUUCGUCGCAAUUAGACUGCGGACUUUUACGCGACUAUAUAAGAAUAUUAUUCGAAAAAAUGGAAUACUCUAUAAAAGAAAUAAUUGAAAAUUAUUUUUCCUGUGCACUCGAGAAAUAUUCAUUUUCCGAUGAAAUAUCGAAGAUACUUUUUGCAACUAUGUUUCAUGUCGAUAUAUUAUACGAAACAUAUUGAAUGUUCGAUUUUAUAAUUUUCACGAGUGAAAUUAACCCUUUGCGGACGAGUGUCAACAUUUCGACGAGAUGAAGUUUUCAUGUUUCGAAGAUUAAGUUAUAAACAAAUAAUUUAAUUACUCGAACAUCGAGAGAUCAGCACGUAGUUUCCCUUUUUUCUAUUAAUUAAGCAAUUGAUAUAUAAUUGAUCUCUAUCUCUUCAAGGUUUCGAACAUUUCAAAGAAUCUUCGUCCGAAAAGGGUUAAUGGAGCUGUUAGAGAAAUGGGAAUUGAAAUUUCGAAGGGUGUUACCGGCGAAAUAUCGGGAAAACGUUAGUUUCGAUAAAUUUGUGCAACGUUGCACUGUGAAACGCAUAAAAAUCUGCAGUUUAGUGGCGACGCUUCCGGAAUAAUCGAUUUCGAGGGACGAAACGUUUCAAUUUGGUUGAUAGGCUGCGAAUCUGACGUGUUCAAGCGUACUGAAUAUAUAAUUUCAGCGUUCCACUGCCAUUCGGUUAGGUUCCGAUUAUAAUUACACGCACUGCCAUAUAUUCACGGAUGUUUCUUGUCGGAUACGACGCUUGAUCCCGCCACUAGCCUUAACCAAACUCGCACUGAUUCGUGAUAUGAGAACAGAUCAACUAAGAGUCAUCGAUCGAAUGAACAUAUUGUUCCUUGAUAUUAUUGUAGGACAAUUUGUAUAUUUACGAGAACAAAUAUAUUUAUCUGACUUACUUGGCUUCGUGAUCCUGUGGAAUCGUCAGUGGACGAGGAAUUUCAUUCGUCGCCUCCACCGUUUUGCACUCGAGAACCGACCGGUUCGGCAAAGUUUGAUACGGCGGAAUUAUGAAACUCGAUAUUCGAUAUCGCGUCAAUGUGAUUGAUUAGUGACGAUAUUGGAAUAUUAUUGAAAUAUCAUGUUAUCGAGGAUAACGUAGAAUAUUAGAAUA